AAGGCACACAAACGUAGUCUGGCCGGCGAGUUGAUCAAUCUCGUGAAAGCACAAUCCAACUCACAAAACCUUCUGAAUCGCAGACCGAAGAAGUCCAUCUGUCCCAGUCUCAUCUGCCAACCUUCAAUCUCGUCUUGUGGGUCUGGGCUGGCGAGCGAAAUUCUUGGAGAUGAGGAACCGAGGUCUGGUUCGGCCUUGGGCCAGUCGUCUGGACAACGCGAUCUCGCGGUACAGCCGACUUGGUUGAGGCACCAGCUCGAGGCGCAGGAGGCCCCACCGCCCCUUGUCGGCCUCCCGAGCCCCUCCGCCUCAGAGCGGAGCUUCAUAGGUCCAUGUCCAGUCUCAGACAGUCCUCAGCCGUCGAGUUCGUACAGCCAAAGAGAGCUGCGAGCCGGGCAAGACAACCUCGUAGCAGGGCGACGACUCGGAGAAGAGGCCGGCCGAGUGCUAUCACGACCCUUCAAGAUAGACUGGCCGAGUGAGGAGGCAGGUCAUGACAACCAGAGCCGACAAGGAUUGAAAAUCGGUGAAGAGGAGUUGGCCAACAGUGGAAAUAGGCGAGGGGGUCUCUGGCCAAUUGGGGUCAAAAAGAAGUGA